AUGUCGCUCUCGGGCCUUCGCAAGCAAUUCAACAAAGCAAAUCAGUAUCUAAGUGAAACGAUGGGCGCCGCAGAGGCGACAAAACUCGAUGAUACGUUCAACGAAAUGGAGAGGAAAAUUGAUGCCACUUACUCGUUGAUCACUGACAUUGUCGCUGGAACGAAUGAAUAUUUACAGCCGAAUCCGGCUACUCGAGCUAAAAUGGCCACGAUGGGAGCUGUGUCGAAAUUGAGGGGAACGACGAAAACGUCUCCAUAUCCACAAACAGAGGGAAUGCUAGCUGAAACGAUGGUCAAAUAUGGAAAAGCGCUUGGAGAUGAGAGUCAUUUGGGAAGAGCCCUUGUCGACUCAUCGGAAGCCUAUCGACAGAUGGCUGACAUCAAAUAUCAAAUGGAAGAGGUCGUGAAGCAUAAUUUCCUCGAUCCACUCACACAACUACAGAACAAUGAACUGAAAGAUGUCAAUCACCACCGAACGAAGCUGAAGGGUCGUCGCUUAGAUUACGAUUGCAAGAAAAGAAAAGGCACAAGAGAUGACGAGCUGAUCCAAGCCGAGGAAAAGUUGGAAGAAUCGAAGAAAUUGGCUGAAAUGGCCAUGCACAAUGUGCUGAUCAAUGAUGUGGAGCAAAUCUCUCAACUAUCAGCUCUUGUCGAGGCGCAACUCGACUUCCAUCGACAAACUGCUCAAAUACUCGAGACAUUGCAUGGAGCGUUGAGGCAAAGGGUAAACGAAGCAUCGAUGCAACUCCGAAGUGAGCACGUGCCGCGACCCGUUCUCAACGAUCGAACACCAAGAUCAAGAUCUCCAAUCGAUUCGAUGUCCUCCGGUUUCUCAGCCCAACAAGCCCCACCCCCGUACACGCCAUCGCCAUCACAUUCGGUGAAUGGCGGAGGAGCUGGCCCACUUCCACCAAAAGCUGCACCCAGUCCAUCCUCGAAACCCUCAGCCAGAGCACUCUUCGAUUUCACCGCCGAAAACGAAGGAGAAUUGGAGCUAAAAGAGGGACAGAUCGUCGAGCUUGUCGCACAAAUCGACGAGAACUGGUUCGAGGGGAAAGUCAACGGGAAAUCCGGCCUUUUCCCAAUCUCAUACGUUCAAGUGGUCGUCCCGAUAAAA